GUGGGGGUACAGCACCAAUAAGUCAAUCGCGGUAAAUGAAUAACGCUGAAAACAAAUAUUCGUUUAGGGGAGGGGGUAUUUUCUUCGGCUAUCUCUGGCGGUUUUUUAAUUUAUCUACGAGAACCGUCGCAGUGCGGGUUUCCAAACAGUUCUCGCAAAUUCACGUUAAAUAUUGGUCGGCAUCAAUGUUUGAAAACCACGAAUGUUUCAAUCAAAUACUAUUGGCUUACCUAUCGAGCGUCGAUAAUUAAAUCGAUCGUGUGUAUUCCGUUCAAAUAUGAUAAGAUAACCUUAUACACGACCUUAACAAAAUAAUAUACGCAACCUACGAGAUCGUAAAUUAAACGUAGUUAUAAAUUGGAUUUUUACCGUUAGUUUAUAUCUAACUAUUACAUAAAUAUGUAAUACAAUGAUUAGAAUAGUAACAAUUUUUAAAAUGUUCGUAUGUCGUAGGCCACGUUUAUUUCUGAAUUAUUAUUUUUCGUUUGUUGGUUCGAAACAUUAGUCGGUUAUAUUUUCACACCCGGAAAAAUACGCAUUUCGAGGUAAGACGCAUAACCUAAUUAUUGUUUUUCUAAAUACUUAUUACAACAGCUUAAACCGGCCAAAAGGAACGAGCAAUCCGGAUCCGUCCACGUCAGUUCAGUCCGUUAUGUCACGAGUAUAGCGAAAUUGACCGUGGACAGACGCCGAAACGAAUAAAAAAAUAUCUUUAAAAAAAAACACGUGUUUAGGCGACUGGACGAAAAGGAUUAAAUGUGCAGUAAAUGUCAAAAUAUUUACUGAUCCGUCAUAUUUGGAAUUCGACUGAACUGAACUGCAUGGAUCCAGCUCGCUCUUUGAUAAUAUUUUAUUAUGUCCUAUCUAUAACCACUACAGAAUAUGUAUAUUACUUUAGAAAAAUAUGUUGAAUUAUAUUUUUGAAUAUUAAUUGAAUUUGUACUUUCGGACAUUUUAUCGACGUCCUACGGACUAAAUGAGCUCUGACUCGGAAAUUUACUGGCGUUUUAUUAGCGGAUUUUAGUGAUAAAACUUUGUUUGAAUUUAAAUGUGAACUUUGUUUUAGUGGGAAGAGGGUGUUUUUUUAACAUUGUACACUCCUACAGACCUCCCCCCCCCGAACGGAGAUGGAGAUAUAUAAUAUUGUGAUAUACAUGGUACAGGUUAAGUUAUCCUAACUGGUAUCAAGGAUACAUCAAGUAUGCCAAAGGUAUCAUGGACGAUAUCAACGACGUGCCUUUCAGGGGUUUCAACUUUCAAUUCCCACUCCCGACGACUGUAUAUUGACGAAAACAUCGAGAAAGAUUUUUAUUUGAUUUCUUAUUCGGUUAUCCUAUAAAAUUUCUAUUUUAUGACACUUUUAGAUUCGGAGAGUAGCGAGUUCUAUUGGUUUCCCUACGAUGUGUGUUUUAGUAUUUUUUCUGUUUAUGAACAAUUUUUCUAUCAGAAAACCUGCUCCGAGGUACAGACUAUAGCACCUUUUCUGAAAGGAAAUUUUCUCUAGUUGAUGCGUUGAAGAGGUCAUUUUUUUUGAUACUCCAAUGGGAUUUGAGAAAAACCCGAAAGAAAAUUAUAGGUAAAACGAAAAAUAUUCACGGCACGCCGCGGCAUUACCGUUUUCAUUGUUUUUAUUAUGUUCCCAAAACUGUACUGUCAAACGUCUGAUUACGUCUGAUAACGUCCGAUCUGAGGGGGGUGGGGUAUCGUGCUGAUCACAAUGACUAGUUUAGACGAUGUGUAUUACCACCUUGCCAUUUGUACUUGUCGCUCGCGCCGGUACUUAUCACUCGCACUGGACUUAGACGUUCGCACUAGUUAUUUUGUGUACGGUAGUGUAUGGUGUUAAUAAGUAAUAACAAAAGUCGAUAAGCUAAACUUCUAUGAAGCACCGAGCACCAUCACCGGGCGGUCACGCGUUACGAGUGCGACCGCGAGUAGAGUCGAGUCGCGGAGGUUUUACUAAUGCUAAGCACUACGGUUUGCACGCGUGGUUUUAGUGCGGGUGAAAAGUUAUAUGCAUCGCGGAAACCAGGCGUAACGGUUAAUUAUCACAAUAGCGACGAUCGUUUUUCAGAUGCUUUGCGGCGACUGGACGGCGGCCGUGGUGUUGCUGGUGACGAGCUGCUUAACGCGGACGACGACUACGGCUCACCGGAUACUGGCGUACGAGCCGUGCGCGGGAUCGAGCCACUGGAACGUAAUGUCGGCCGUCCUGGAGAGCCUGGUGGACGCGGGCCACGAGGUGGUGUGCUUGACCAUGCACCGGGCCGCCGAGCGCUUGGCCGGGCACCCGAACUACACGUACAUCGACAUUACCGCGCUGACGGCGCGGCCGGAGGAAACGGCCCGGGACCUGGACUACGGGCAGGUGAUGAAAAUAUUCCGGUCGAACGCGUUCAUGAUCGGGAUGGCGCUGACCUGGGCCCAACGCCUGUGCGAGACGCUGGACGACGUGCCGGCGGUCCGGCGCCUGUUCGACGGCACCGACGGCGGCCGGCCGUUCGACGCCGUCGUCAUGGAGUCGCUGCACUCCGAGUGCCAGUCCGCGUUGCCCGGCCGGUUGGGCGGCGUGCCCGUGUUCUACGUGGUCCCGUGUCCGUUCGUCGACUGGAUGCCCACGGUCACCGGGUCGCCGGACCACCCGUCUUACUUGGGCGGCCUACUGACCGACCGCCCGACACCCGACAGCUUCGGCCAACGGCUGCACAACGCCGCGGUGUACGUGCACACAAACUUCUUGCGGUGGUACCUCGACGUGUCGGCCGACGCGGUCCGGUGGCCGAGGCCGCGCGACGCCGUGGUAUUCGUAAACACCCACUACUCGGUGGAACCGGCCCGGCCGCUCGGACCCAACGUCGUCGAGAUCGGCGGCAUUCACCUCCGGCCCCCGGAACCGAUACCCCAAGUAUGUGGUUAAGUGACGAGUGUCGGGUAAUAAACCACCGCGAUACCGUGUAUCGGCCGGUGUCGAGAAUAUCCGACUAUCGGUAAUCGGUCUUUUUAUAUUGAGAAACCGAUAUCGGAUCCGAUAUUUUUGAAACAAUAUUUAUUUUUUAACAUUUGUAUUCAAUAAACAUCCGAUUCCGAUAAUAACAUUACAAUACGAAACGAUCAAACAAUCAAACAACGAUCGUAAACUGCAAUUUAUCGGUAUCGGUUUAAGUCCGGAGCGUACAGCUCCUUUAGUUAUAAAUAAAACUUUAUCUUUCGGAGGUAUUUUCAGUUUAGGUUGCUAUUCGUAGAUCAAAGCGGUUGGCGGGCAGCGGUUGCACCUCUAAAAAUAACGGCGAAAGAAAUGGGAAGGGAUAAUUUUUAAGAACAUUAUAAUACAUAAUGUUUUUUUUUUAUUUUUCUACAACUAUGAAGAUAAUAUGGCGCACAGGGCGGUUUUUUAAGCACGCUCUCCCCGUUCGUAUGGUUAAAACGGUUAAAUUAUACAUGAAUUGAAACUCUGUUUUUUUUUUUUUUUAAUUUUUAAGUGCAUUGAACGACGAUAUUUCUGCCAUAAUUCGAUUUUUCGCAAUACUUAUGGAGUAUCCUAUAAGGUGAUAGCAAUUUUGGUUUUUCAAACGAGAAACUGCAUAUUAUAUGUUUUGACGAAAAUCAUUGAUUAUAUGAUUUUUUUUUGAAAACUUAAAAGUAUUAUAAUACAAAAUUUGAACGAAACGGGUUUUGAGUUAUUCUGCCUAAAUACUAAUAAAGAUGUUUCCAUUUGUGCAGCUAUUGUCCCCUUUAGUAUUUAAAGUAAAAUAACUCGGACGGUUUUCGUUAAAAUUGCGAUUUUUAAACAUUUUCAGAAAAAUCAUCUGAUUGAAAUGUAGGUUCUCCUGCAAAUACAGUAUUGUCACAGGAUACUCGUUGAGUGUCGUGUAAAAUCGUAAGUAUUCGAAAAAUAUAUCGUUUUUCACUAUGCGCUUAAAAUGUCCAAUUAUAAUUUAACCGUAAAGCACUGAGCACGUGCUUGAAAAAUCCCCCCCCUCCGCGUAAAUUAUUAUAAAUAUUUAAUAAAAAUGACUCAAUUAAGGGGAGAGGGGCGGGGUUAGGGACGUCAUCCUCGCUGCCCCUACCCUACCCCCUACCCCUCCUCCCCGGUUCGACAGCUCCCGUGAGCGACGAGCGUGACGCGACCGGCCGUUUUCCGUAUUAGGACAUAGCGGACGUCAUGGACAAGAGCGGCGAAUCCGGAGUGGUCGUGUUCAGUCUGGGUUCGUUGGUGGCUGUGGAUUCGUUACCGGACGAUGUGUUGGCCGCGUUCAAGUUCGCGUUCAGUCGUCUGUCCCAGACGGUCAUAUGGAAGUACGAAAACGAUCACAUGCCCGACAAGCCGAAGAACGUGGUUCUGUGCAAGUGGUUGCCGCAACGCGCUAUAUUGAGUGAGUGCAAAGGCCCGCGGUUGAACGCCACGCGGUGCACGUUAAUUUCGUACAGAGUGUGCCGCAUGGCGGCGUACUGGAGAGGUUAGGGGAUACAUUUCGUUUGCCGUUUAGAUCGGCUUGAAAAUACACGAGGAAUACGAGUAAUCUAAUACCGAAAUGCCGUAUAUUUCAGCCGCGUCGCGAAGAAAAAAAUUGCGGACGAAUCGAUCGUAGAGAUUGGCUUUUUUUUUUUUUUAAUUUUAGAAUCCGGCUUUUAAAACACCGAUAUUCUCACAGUCGAGUCGGGUACAAAAGAAACGAUUUCACGAUAUAUUUACGAUUCUAAUUCGUUCCGUCCACUCGUCGGGCCCGGGCCACUGCAGUCCCGUGAAGACACACAAUUGCGAUAUCGAGGGGGGGGNGGGGGGGGGGGGAGAUUAGUGGAGCGCCGUUCGUAAUCCGCACGCCGCGUAAAUGCCGUUUCAUUUUGAGUAGGGGGAGAAUAGUAGAGUAUAUUUUCGCUAAAAUUACGUGCGACAGAGAAAACAAAAUAUGUUAGUAACAUGAAGAUUUAAAAGUUAAUUUUACGUUAGGUUAUAAUAAAAUAAUCUACAAAAUGUUGUCACGGCUCCAAGUUUGUACACCGCAUCGUGUUUUAUUUACACAUUUAUAUUAGAGCGUUCCUUACUUGAAUCUUUUUGUAGUAUCUAUUAGUGGAAAAACUAGUUCGAAAUAAUUUUUAAAAAAAUCCUGUAAUUUUUCAGAUUUCUGCGUGACACCGUCAAAAUCAGUUUUUCUUUCCUCGAAGGACAGUAGUUGUUAGUCGAUUCCUACAUGUUUAGGAGUUCUUCGGGUACACUGAACAUAGGGACGAAUUAACGUCUUAAACGUUGUAAAAACGCGUGUAUUUUAAACGGGAAAAUUCAAUUGCCAUGGGGCACCGCCGAGCAACAAAAUAAAAAUCUGAAAAAAUGACAGGAUUUUUUUCACAACUAUUACGAACUAGUUUUUUCACUCGGAAACUUGUUCCGAGAAUAAUGAACGCCCCAAUGUGUAUAGUAGAACGCGUCCCUGAGACGAUUGAUCGCCUGUGCGUCGUGUGAUGUUGCAUUGAUCGUAUUUAUAUCGCACAAUAUCUGUUAUCUAUAUAAUUCAUAAGUCCUAAUUACGAAAAAAAAUUUAAAAAAUAUUGAAAUGUUUCAUCUCCCGUGGAAUCGACCUGUAGACAAUCGAACGGUCAUUUCAUAACUGAGAAUACCCAUGUCAGUUAUUCCGUAUACAUAAUAUGUAAUGCGUACAUUUCGGUACUUCGGUACAAUGAUAUUAUAUUGUUAUUCGUUUUCACGACAAAAUCGUCCGGGGUCGCGCGAACAUUAAUAAUCAAUUUCGAAAAUUUAAUUUUCUAGAACACCCGAAUGUGAAAUUGUUCAUAAGCCACGGAGGAAUGAACGGCGUGUACGAGGCGGUGGAUGCGGGAGUCCCAGUACUCGGCCUCCCGUUGUUCUACGACCAACCGAGAAAUGUGCAAAACCUGGUGGACAUCGGCAUGGCGUUGUCUUUGAAUAUCGAUAAAAUAUCGAAAACGACGUUACUAAAAACCGUUAAUCGAUUACUCGACGAACAAAGGUACAUUAAUGUUUUCUUUGUUAUUGUUCUUCUUUUCGGGCACUCUGUACUCCUACAAGAGUUUUAACCGUCAUCGCGAUAUCCCUACAUUUCUCUCUGUCUGGAACUAUCCUUAUACUCGCAUUCCCAAUCUAUCGGGGUCCUCUUCGACGAGAUCCAACCAUUUUUUUCUGGGUCUUUUCCCCCAUAAGAUCUCAGUUCAUAUAAUUGUUCUAAUCGCACUGUCCUCCCACAAUUUCAUUGUUGUCUUUUCCUGUAGCCCUCUGCUAAGUUUCCUCGUCCACGUACAUGUUUCGUCACCGUGAAUUUAUUGGUCUACACAAUUUCCUCUAUAUUUUGUUUUCGCACCUCCUAAUUCUUCUCUCAUUGGUAUUCAACGGUAGUCUAUGCUUCGUAAGUAAGUGUAGGCCUUAGUACCGCUCUUUUUAAAGACUUUUGACUUUAAAAAACAUUUUAGACCAAAGGACAUCCUUUUGGCCUUGAUUAUCCACAAUUCUAUCUUUAUCUAGACCAAUCAUUUAUCAUGCUCAGUACAGCUCCUAAGUCCUAGGUACCGAAAUUCGUUCUCUUUUUCAUCGAUUGCAUGUUUUCAUCUACGUGCUUUUAUUAUUUAAAUAAACUGGGAAUUCGAUUGUAAUUCCUAAUCCUAGCAAGUGUUCUUCCGGGCGAAGUAUGAUAUAUUAUUAUCGAACAAAAUUCUACGACAAAUAAUAAUAAUUCAUUAUUUCGUGACGUGAUUCCGUUCGAAUCACAGACAUGUUGAAAAAAGUCAAAUUUUCACGAUAAAUUCUGUUUAAUACAAAAAAAUACGCCCUGUGAAAUAUGCACGUGUAAAGCGGCCUUAUAUACCGAAACAUUGUAUUCAGUUUUUCAGAAAACGCCAAACGGGUGUCGUCCCUGUUCCAAGAUCGCCCGAUGAAACCCGCCGAUUCUGUUGUAUAUUGGGUCGAGUAUUUUAUCAGACACGGCGUUUCAGCUAACAUCAGACCUUUGUCGGCGGACGCGACAUGGACCAGCCAUUUUAUGUUGGACCUUUUGGUCGUCUUCGCGGGCGCAGUGAUCGCGGUGUGGUUUUGUUCGCGUUUGGCCAUUUUCAAGACGCUAAACAAAUGUUUACCGUCGAAAUGACGCGUCGACGUGCACUGAUUUGAAACAAACUAACCGCAAAACAGACUAUAUAAAAUAAUUAUUCGGAUGCGACGGGAAAACAUAAAAAAAAAUUAUUUUAAGAGUAUUUAAAUGUGUAUAAUAUCGUAUUACUCAAACCGACAUGCUAUAUUGUGAAUGAAUAUAGUAGAAAAAGGGCAAUAGGUGUAUAAUGCGUAGUCGUUAGAUUUUAAAAAUUGUCCAGCGAUGAACAAUUUUUUGAUUACGUUUACGUGGUGUCGUAAAUUUUUUUUUUUUUAUCAAGCAUUGCGACUUUUUGUAUAUAUAUAUCCGUUUGCUUUAUAAUAUCAUUUUAAUGUUGACGUUUUUAUUUGUUAGCGUUUGAAUUUGUCUUUAAAUGAACGUUAUUGGUACGAUUUUAAUACAUUUUGUACCGAUUGAAUAUUAAAUAAAAACAAUUGAACUGCGUACUGUACAUUUCGUAUUUUUUCUUGCAUAUUGUUUCCUUUAUAAGUGCAUAAUAAAUAAGAUAUGUUGGCGCAUGCAAAUCCGGUCUUUACUCAUUAGGUGUGUAGUAUUAUAUUGUUUUUUUUUAACUGUGUUUUUAGAACAGACAGUAACUAAUGACUAUUAUGUUUGUAAACCGACGGCCUUAUUAGUACAAAUUGUGUAUCAAUUAUUGAUAUUUCG